AUGAAGCUGAAGGCAUCUAAAUGUGAGUUCGCAAAGGAAGAAAUCAAGUUCCUAGGAUUUAUCUUGAGUAAAGAAGGUAUAAGACCCAAUCCUGAGAAAACGAGAGCUUUUGACCAGUACUCACAACCAACAAAUGCAACGGAAGUCAAGUCGUUUCUAGGAAUGUGCUCAUUUUUCCGGAGAUUCAUACACAACUUUGCUACCAUCGCUCCCCCGCUCACUGCAUUAACAAAGAAGAAUGUACUUUUUGAUUGGACACCUCAGUGCAAAGAAGCUAUGGAUCGUUUGAAAAAGCAUACAACGGCACCUGUUCUCGCAGCACCACGGUUAGGCAGACCUUUUAUUAUCGAAACAGACAGUUCAGCAAAAGGAGUCGCCGGUAUUCUCAAGCAAGAACAGGACGGACUAGAGCGUGUCAUCGCUUAUGCGAGCCGCACUCUAAACAAACAUGAAGCAAGAUAUCCGGCAAUAGAGCUUGAGGCAUUAGGCACCCAGGGCAUCUCUCUUGGAUUUCUACUUGCCCCGCCCAGCCGCUUAUCUGGUGCUGCACACGCUGCACCCGGAGAGGUCUGGUUGGUGUUUCCCGGACAUCCACGCUAUGUGCUGCAUCCCAACCAAAAGGUGCCAAAAUGGGACGAGGAGGAGCAGCAGGACCGUGACGCCCAAAAGCCACGGUCAUGGGACGACGAGGAACAGCAAUCCCGCAACGUUCAGAAGAAUUGGUAG